AAUGUAAUUUAGUCAGCUAGUUAGGAUUCAUAAUUGACUUUCCCUCCCUGUAAACGAGAGUAUAAAACCAACAACUCUAGCUGGAUUAUGUAUGUUUUUAUCAUUCAAUCAAUAAACAAGAAGCAUUAAUUAGAAAUCUAGCAUGGUAUCUAAGCCCUUCUGAGCCGAUUUCGUCUCACAUUCUCGCUUCAACAUCUCUCUUCUUCUUCUUCUUCUUCUUCUUCUUCUUCUUCUUCUUUUUGACAUCGUCCUCCUAUGGCGAUCGAGAUUCUUCUUCUGGUGAUGAAGCCAUAAACUCUCACAAUGUAGUUCGCCAAAGCAAUUUGGUGAGAUUCUGUACAAAGAUGUUCCGAUUUCUGAUCUCGCCUCUCUGUUCUUCAUCCAUCUCUCGGAGAAUUGGGGUCAAUGCCUAGUCUCUCAGCCGCUCAACGUGAAAAAUUUCUCAACCUGGGAAAGAUCGAUGGUCUUGGUCAUCGACGAUAAGAACAAAAUCCCGCAGCCGAACGACGAUUAUCCACGGCUCGAGCCUUGGAAUGACAACAACAAACUGCUUCUCAGCUGGAUUCAGAGGUCUGUCAACCCUACCAUUGUCGAGAGCAUUCUGUAUAUGACCACUACAAUUGGUGCCUGGACUGAAUUGCGUGAGCAAUUCUCGCAAGGAGAUUCUUUACUCAUUGCUGAUCUUCAAGAAGCAAUCUUCAAUCUCAAUCAAGGUACAAUGAGUGUUUCUCAGCAUUACUCUAAGCAACGAGCCUUACGGGAUCAGUUAGCAAACUAUAGGUUUAUCCCGGAUUGUGAUUGUGGAAUCAAUUGCCAUUGUGUUCUAGCAUCUUUACGCAGAGACUACAUGAAUGACAAGGUUAUUAGAUUCUUGAGGAACCUGAAUGAUAGGUUCAAUGGUCCUCGUUCCACAAUCCUGCUGUUAGAUCCCUUACCUCCCAUUAACAAAGUAUUUGCCAUGAUGGUUCAACACAAAAGAGAAAAUGGAUUGUUUCCCAAACCUCAGCCUAAUCCAAACCUUGCUUCAAAAAGCAUGGCUUUCUUCACCAAGACAGCAGAUCAACACUUGGGUAUUCAGGGUGCUGGUCAGGGGUUCAAGAAACCUAUUUGUACCUUCUAUGGCUAUACUAUCCAUAUUGAGGAUAUUUUCUAUAAGGAAAAUGUCUACCCUCCUAGUUAUCAGUCAAAGAAGAAACAACAGAAUCCCAGGCAAGCAAGCAUUGUUUCAACUAAUAUAUCUUCCUCCUCCAAUGGACCAGUGGUGAUCAAUCAAUGACUGGCAGAGUUUCCAUCAGCAAUACCAAAAAUAUUGAGUCUCGUCAAUCCUUAUCCUCAGCAGCUCAAUCCACCAACCAAUCAGUUCUCUGCUCCCACUCAGCAGCAGAAUUAUCCUCCUCCAACUGCAUUUCUAGAAGCUUACACUGCUAACAAUCCAUCUCACUACUUAACAUCUAAUGAUAGUAAAAGAUCUGGUCAACA